GAAACUUCUCAUACCUCACUGCUACAAUCAGUCUACAACGACAGAAAGAGUUGUUCAUUAUGUCAAGCUACCUUCCGAGCUUAUUGAUUGUCGUGUUGUCAUGGUUUUCAUUUUGGAUCAACCCGAACUCCGAACCAGCCCGUGUAUCACUCGUAAUGACUGCAUUAUUAACACUGUGUACACAGAUGAAUGGUAUCCAGGCAACAGUGCCUAGGGUGGCGCAUCUGAAGGCCAUUGAUGUGUGGAUGUCAGUCUGUCUCGUCUUUGUGUUCGCAGCACUAGUGGAAUACGCCGCUGUUAACUAUAUUAGUUUACAGACGAGGAAACAAAGUCGAAAGAAACAACAAUCGUUUGAGAUGAUACAUUUAAUUGAAGACAAAGAAAACAACAAGGUAAACCAUAAAUCAGAGGACGGAAGAACAAGCCACGUGUACACUACUUUAGAGUACGUUUUACCUUACCUCAGUAUGACAUUUUUACGUGCGGCAGUUAUAAUAAUACUGUUCAGUCACAUGACACGAAUGGAUGAUGUCACAUCACCAGUGGCGAUGGACACCGCAAAGGAACCGGAAAUAACAAAUUUGAGCAACGUGUUAGGAGCUGACUAUGAUAAACAAUUCAGACCGAAUUUUCACGGAGCAGCAGUUGUUGUAACAACCAGCGUGCAUAUUAAUAGCUUCCACGCAACAGCAGGAACGGAAAUGGAUUAUACUGUUACAUUAUUCCUUCGCACGCGAUGGAACGAUCCACGACUACGAUACCAUGAUGCCGCUAACCACAUACUGACAUUUCAUUCGGAUGGAGUUAGAGAAGUCUGGAUACCACCACUCUUUUUCCCAGAUGAGAAGUCUGGACACUUUCAUAAACUGACAACAGAGAAUAUACUUUUACGUAUUUAUCCUGAUGGAACUGUACUACACAGUGCAAGGUUCACUAUAACGUUAACCUGUAUGAUGCGACUAGAGCGUUAUCCAAUGGAUGAACAGGAAUGCAACAUUGAGAUUGAAAGUUUUGCUUACACAACUGAUGACGUGAUUCUGCAAUGGGCAGCAGAAGAUGAUGAUCUUGAAGCCUUUGCAGUCCCACAAGGGAUAUCAUUACCACAAUUUGAGUUUGUUGAUGCAACAAUUGUCAGACAGCUAAUCACAAGGAACUACACAACAGGUAGUUUCUCACACCUUACUGCGAUAUUCAGAUUACAAAGACAGAAAGAGAUGUUUAUAAUGUCAAAUUACCUUCCGAGCUUACUAAUUGUCGUUUUGUCAUGGUUUUCGUUUUGGAUCAACCCGAACUCUGAACCAGCUCGUGUUUCACUCGUGAUGACUGCCUUGUUGACGUUGUGUACACAGAUGAAUGGAAUCCAUGGAACGAUGCCACAAAUAGCACAUCUGAAGGCAAUCGACGUGUGGAUGUCAGCAUGUCUUGUUUUUGUAUUCGCUGCUUUAGUAGAAUACGCCGCUGUUAACUACAUUAGUUUACGGAUAAAAAGGCAAAGUCGACGAAAGCAAACAUCACCUGAAAUGGUCAGUUCACUUAAAGACAAACAAAGCACUGUUGCCAACACUGGAAAUAGAGAUGAACAAAAACAACUACAUCCUGCUGAAUCUUCGCUUAGAGGAUCUGACAACUCAGCCACUGAGUUAUCUUAUGGUUCUGAAAGAAGCUGCCUGUCUGUGUGUGAAUUAAGUCCUGAACAAAUUGAUUACUACAGUCGAAUCAUAUUUCCAGCCACAUUUAUGGCAAUUGCACCGUGUUUUACAGCAUCAAAGAAUCGUACAGACGAGCUAGUGUGUCUUGAUAUAUCAUACAGUAUGACAGCCUUAUAUCAUCUACUUUUAUUCAUCCUAAUUUCCAGUGCUCAUGUGACGAUACCAGCGACGACGCCGAUGACGAUGUCGACGUCGAUGAAUAAUACACAUUCAAAGAAGAGAAUCAAUGAAGUUUUAACAGGGAACUAUGAUAAGAAGUAUAGACCAAACAUGCAUGGACCACCUGUUAUUGUGACGGCCAGUGUACUCAUUAAUAGUUUCUACUCCUCUACAGACACAGGAAUGGAUUUUACAGUUACGUUAUUUCUCCGAACACGAUGGGUUGAUCCCCGACUAGAGUACACUGAUGAUGAAACCCAAACGCUGACGUUACACUCAGAUGGAGUUAAUGAAGUCUGGGUACCGCCACUUUACUUCCCAGAUGAGAAGUCUGGACAGUUUCAUAAACUGACAACGGAGAACGUGUUGUUGAGAAUAUACCCUGAUGGGACUGUACUACAUAGUGCAAGAUUCACUAUCACAUUGAGUUGUAUGAUGCAUUUAGAACGUUAUCCAAUGGAUGAACAGACAUGCAAUAUGGAAAUAGAAAGCUUUUCUUACACAACUGUUGACUUGAUUCUGCAAUGGGCACCAGAUGGCGAUACUCUUGAAGCAUUUGGUGUUCGGGAAGGAAUAUCAUUACCGCAAUUUAGGUUUAAUCAAGCAACGCCAGACAGAUCACGAACAACACGAAACUUUACAACAGGAAAUUUCUCAUAUCUCACUGCAACAAUCAGUUUACAAAGACAGAAAGAGUUGUUCAUUAUGUCUAGCUAUCUUCCGAGCUUAUUGAUUGUCGUGUUGUCAUGGUUUUCAUUUUGGAUCAACCCGAACUCCGAACCAGCACGUGUAUCACUCGUAAUGACUGCAUUAUUAACGCUGUGUACACAGAUGAAUGGUAUCCAGGCAACAGUGCCUAGGGUGGCGCAUCUGAAGGCCAUAGAUGUGUGGAUGUCAGUCUGUCUCGUCUUUGUGUUCGCAGCACUAGUAGAAUACGCAGCUGUUAACUAUAUUAGUUUACAGACGAGAAAAAGUCGAAGAAAACAACAAUCGUUUGAGAUGAUAAAUUUAAUUGAAAACAAAGAAAACAAUAAAGUAAACCAUAAAUCAGAGGACGGAAGAACAAGCCGUGAGUCAAAAGGUCCGGAAAGUGCAGUGAUUGGCUUUCAGUUCCGUGACGUCAUAGAUCACGUAAGACCCGGACAAAUUGAUUAUCACAGUCGAAUUGCAUUUCCUAUCGCAUUCAUGGUGUUCAAUAUAUUUUAUUGGCCAACGUACUUGUGUUGGCUUGAUUGA